GGGAUGGGGUUGCUAGGCGCGGAGGGGAUCCGGCGAGCCCCGGCGGCCCGGAGUGCGGAGCCAAGGGAGCGGAGCCGGGUUAGCGGCGCUGCUGGAAGAUGGCGAGCAGCCGGGAAGCGCGGCCGCCCUGGCCGCCAGGGCGCCUCCCGCUGCUGCUGUGCCUGCUGCUGCUGCGGAGCUCGGCCCGGGCAGCGCACAUCAAGAAAGCGGAGGCGACGACGACGACCACGAGCGCGGGCGCCGAGGCGGGCGAGGGUCAGUUCGACCGCUACUACCACGAAGAGGAGCUGGGCUCGGCGCUGAGGGAGGCGGUGGCCGCGGGGCCCCCGGGCCUGGCCCGCCUCUUCAGCAUCGGCAGAUCGGUGGAGGGCCGGCCGCUGUGGGUGCUGCGCCUCACAGCCGGCCUAGGGCCGCCGCCCCCUGACGGCGACGCUGGGCCCGACGCGGCGGGGCCGCUUCUGCCCGGCCGGCCGCAGGUGAAGCUGGUAGGCAACAUGCACGGCGACGAGACCGUGUCCCGCCAAGUGCUCAUCUACCUGGCCCGCGAGCUGGCGGCUGGCUACCGCCGCGGGGACCCGCGUCUUGUCCGCCUGCUCAACACCACCGACGUGUAUGUGCUGCCCAGCCUCAACCCCGAUGGCUUUGAGCGCGCCCGCGAGGGCGACUGCGGCCUCGGCGACAGUGGCCCUCCCGGGGCCAGCGGCCGCGACAACAGCCGCGGCCGCGACCUCAACCGCAGUUUCCCUGACCAGUUCAGCACCGGCGAGUUCCCGGCCCUGGACGACGUGCCCGAGGUGCGCGCCCUCAUGGGCUGGAUGCGCAGGAACAAGUUUGUACUUUCUGGAAAUCUGCACGGUGGCUCGGUGGUAGCAAGCUAUCCUUUUGAUGAUUCUCCAGAACAUAAGGCCACUGGAAUCUAUAGCAAAACCUCAGAUGAUGAAGUCUUUAAAUACUUGGCAAAAGCCUAUGCUUCAAACCACCCCAUAAUGAAAACUGGUACACCUCACUGUCCAGGAGAUGAAGAUGAGACAUUCAAAGAUGGGAUCACAAAUGGAGCACAUUGGUAUGAUGUAGAAGGUGGUAUGCAAGAUUACAAUUAUGUAUGGGCCAACUGCUUUGAGAUCACAUUAGAACUGUCUUGUUGCAAGUACCCACCUGCUUCACAGCUUCGACAAGAAUGGGAGAACAAUCGUGAGUCUUUGAUCACAUUGAUUGAAAAGGUCCACAUUGGAGUUAAAGGAUUUGUUACAGAUUUGGUGACAGGAUCUGGCUUAGAGAAUGCAACCAUUUCAGUGGCUGGUAUUAAUCAUAAUAUCACAACAGGCAGAUUUGGUGAUUUCCACAGAUUACUUGUUCCUGGAACUUAUAACAUUACAGCAGUUUUAACUGGGUAUAUGCCACUGACUGUUAAUAAUGUAAUAGUGAAAGAAGGACCAGCCACAAAGGUGAAUUUUUCCCUUCGGCCAACUGUGACUUCAGUAAUCCCUCACACAACUGAGGUUGUAGUAACGGCGAGCACAGUUGCUAUACUUAAUAAUCUUCCUGGAACACAAUCCUUCCACCAGCCAAUUCAGCCAAAGGACUUUCACCACCACCAUUUCCCUGAUAUGGAAAUCUUCUUGAGAAGGUUUGCCAACGAAUAUCCUAACAUCACCCGGCUUUAUUCGUUAGGAAAAUCUGUAGAGUCAAGAGAACUUUAUGUAAUGGAGAUAUCUGAUAAUCCAGGUGUUCAUGAACCAGGUGAACCAGAAUUUAAGUAUAUUGGAAAUAUGCAUGGAAAUGAAGUGGUUGGAAGAGAACUGCUAUUGAACCUCAUUGAAUACCUUUGUAAGAACUUUGGAACAGACCCUGAAGUCACAGAUUUGGUUCGUAGCACUAGAAUUCACCUUAUGCCUUCCAUGAAUCCUGAUGGAUAUGAAAAGGCCCAGGAAGGAGAUUCAAUAAGUGUAAUUGGCAGAAAUAACAGCAACAACUUUGACCUGAACCGAAAUUUCCCAGACCAGUUCUUUCAGAUUACAGAUCCUACCCAACCAGAAACUAUUGCUGUAAUGAGCUGGAUGAAGGCCUACGCAUUUGUACUGUCGGCAAAUCUGCAUGGAGGUUCUUUGGUGGUGAAUUACCCAUUUGAUGAUGAUGAACAAGGGUUUGCCACAUAUAGUAAAUCACCAGAUGAUGCUGUGUUUCAACAAAUAGCACUUUCCUAUUCCAAGGAAAAUACCCAGAUGUUUCAAGGUAGACCUUGUAAGAAUAUGUACCCUAAUGAGUAUUUUCCUCAUGGAAUAACAAAUGGAGCUAACUGGUAUAAUGUCCCAGGUGGUAUGCAGGAUUGGAACUAUUUACAGACUAAUUGCUUUGAAGUAACUAUUGAACUAGGCUGUAUGAAAUACCCAUUUGAGAAAGAUCUGCCAAAAUUUUGGGAACAGAAUCGAAGAUCUCUAAUUCAAUUUAUGAAACAGGUUCAUCAGGGUGUUAAAGGAUUUGUCCUAGAUGCCACGGAUGGCAGAGGUAUAUUAAAUGCCACCAUUAGUGUUGCUGAAAUUAAUCACCCAGUGACUACAUACAAAACUGGAGAUUACUGGCGUCUCCUGGUUCCAGGAACUUAUAAAAUCACAGCAUCUGCUCGAGGGUAUAAUCCAGUCACCAAGAAUGCGACCGUAAAGAGUGAAGGUGCUAUUCAGGUCAACUUCACACUUGUUCGGUCUUCAACAGAUUCAAAUAGCGAAUCAAAGAAAGGAAAGGGGGAUAGCACCAACACUGAUGAAGCCAGUGACCCAACUACUAAAGUGUUUGAAACUUUAAUUAAAGACCUUUCAGCGGAGAAUGGUUUGGAAGGCCUCAUGUUACGCUCCUCCUCAAAUCUGGCUCUUUAUCGGUACCAUUCGUACAAAGACUUAUCAGAGUUUCUGAGAGGAUUGGUGAUGAACUACCCACAUAUUACGAAUCUUACCAAUUUGGGACAGAGCUCUGAAUAUCGUCACAUUUGGUCCCUUGAAAUCUCCAAUAAGCCCAAUGUAUCUGAGCCUGAAGAACCAAAGAUUCGUUUUGUUGCCGGUAUCCAUGGAAAUGCUCCAGUUGGAACUGAACUGCUUUUGGCUCUGGCAGAAUUUCUCUGCCUAAACUACAAAAAGAACCCAGCUGUUACCCAAUUGGUUGACAGAACUAGAAUUGUGAUUGUUCCUUCUCUAAAUCCAGAUGGGCGAGAGAGAGCUCAAGAGAAAGACUGUACUUCAAAGACAGGACAAACAAAUGCUCAUGGCAAAGACCUGGAUACUGACUUCACUAGUAAUGCCUCCCAGCCUGAGACUAAAGCCAUCAUUGAAAACUUAAUUCAGAAACAGGACUUCAGUCUGUCUGUUGCUUUAGAUGGUGGUUCAGUACUAGUCACAUACCCGUAUGACAAGCCAGUACAAACAGUGGAAAACAGAGAGACCCUGAAGCAUUUGGCAUCCCUUUAUGCAAACAAUCAUCCAUCGAUGCAUAUGGGUCAGCCCAGUUGCUCAAAUAAAUCAGAGGAGAAUAUUCCGGGAGGAGUAAUGCGUGGAGCAGAAUGGCACAGUCACCUGGGCAGCAUGAAGGAUUAUAGUGUCACCUACGGCCAUUGUCCAGAAAUCACAGUAUAUACAAGCUGCUGCUACUUUCCUAGUGCAGCACAGCUCCCUUCGUUGUGGGCAGAAAAUAAAAAAUCUCUUCUUAGCAUGUUGGUGGAGGUUCACAAGGGAGUUCAUGGAUUUGUUAAAGAUAAGACUGGAAAACCAAUAUCUAAAGCAGUCAUUGUACUCAAUGAAGGAAUAAAGGUACACACAAAACAGGGAGGCUAUUUCCAUGUACUCUUAGCCCCAGGCGUCCACAUCAUCAAUGCCAUCGCUGAUGGCUACCAGCAACAACAUUCACAGGUCUUUGUGCAUCAUGAUGCAGCUAGUUCUGUAGUAAUAGUCUUCGACACAGAUAACCGGAUAUUUGGUUUGCCAAGGGAGCUCGUGGUAACUGUAUCAGGUGCCACCAUGUCAGCAUUGAUCCUAACAGCUUGCAUUAUCUGGUGCAUCUGCUCAAUCAAGUCUAACAGACACAAGGAUGGCUUUCAUCGGCUUAGGCAGCAUCAUGAUGAGUAUGAAGAUGAAAUUCGCAUGAUGUCAACCGGCUCCAAGAAGUCCCUCUUAAGCCAUGAGUUCCAGGAUGAAACGGACACUGAAGAGGAAACGUUAUAUUCUAGCAAACAUUGAAACACACACCUUGCGUAUCUCCCAGCCAAAGUAACAAGCAAAAUUACAGUUCCUUUUGGGAGAUACUACAUUAAGAAGAGAGACUCUCUUGCUGCUUCAAAGAGCUUUGGGAAGUUAACUUGCUAAAUUUGUAUUCUUUGUGAAUUUGGCUGGCAGUUUUGAACUUCCCCUCCUUAAAGUACUCUGACCUUUUUUUUUUUUUAAUGGGCUUUCUAUUUAUGUAGCAGAGAUGGGACAGCCACUUUGUGUUUUUUUUUUUUUAGUUUAAGAUGAGCUGUUCACAGUUUAUGUUAUAAGUACAUAAAGCCAACUAGUGGAUGUUGUAUUUUGCACAUCAAGUGUUUACUAGUGGCUUUAGCUUUUUUCUUUAUUUUAAAUGGCCAAAAGACUCCAGAAACAUUAAGGCAGGGACAGCAGAAUCUGACGUAAAGCUUUAAAAACUCAAGGUUUUCUCAACCUACUGAGGAGUACUUUUCUCUAGUUAUUAAAUAGCUGGAAUUUCUCUUAUUAUUCAGGUUUGAUGGAAGCUGAUGAUUUUUAAACAUAUGUAACAUUAGGAAAUAAAUGGGCUUCUGCAUUUGGCUAUUUGUUCCAAGGCUGGAUCAGAACUGGUGCGCUGUGCUCCAAGCAGGAUUUCACUACCUCUCUUGUAAGGUUUAGCAAACUUCGAAAUAUCCCCAUUUUAAGGGAGAACUUGUUGACUUUGUUGUAAAAAAUCUAAAUGCCCAUUUGAGUAGAACUGAGAGGAAGAUCUAGCAAAAGCUAAAACUCAUGUUGCCUAUCUUUUAACUUGGUAAAAAACCCACAGGUGCUGCUGCUUUUAUCUGUGAAGCACUAGUUUAUUCUAAGAAUGCCCAGUUCUUUAAUAUUUCCUAAAUUUGAACCUUUUUCUAUGUUAUACACGCAAUAGCUUUCGGAUGACCUGGCAGUCUACAAGGUCUGAGUUCUACUGAAAAUGUCUGGAAGUAUGGAAGAGACCUACUUGCACAUUUUUAACCUACAUUGAACAUAAAAUAUCUGCAGUUCAUGCUCCAGCCCAAAUCUGCGCCCUGUAAUAGCAUUCUGGUAUUGAAAUAGCUUGGCCAGUCUUACAGAGGCCUUUACAAGUGAUUGGGUUCUUUGUCCUAAUUUUUCAUUUGACAGUCUCUUUUUGAUCAACCAGUUUUGUUAAAAAUUCACUUCAAAGCAUUUAAAUAUGGCUCCCUCUAUUAAAAGAAAUGUAAACUACAGACUGCCAUGUGAUAUAACAUUGCGGAAGUGUCAUGUUCACUGCCACUCAGGUUAUUGCAAAGGCCUGAAAGAUGUGCAUUUUAUUGUGUCUGUCAUAUCAUGCUAUUUAAUGGAAAUGAUGCUUUUUUGUAAGUAUGAGUCUAGCCAAUGAUCUAAUAGUUUAAUAUAUCUUUGAAUGUUUUAAUGGCUAAAUUGCUGCUGAACUUGUACUAAAUCAGGGGAUCAAAACUUGCUCUCAUCUUUUCAAAUGUAUUCUAUAUCCAUUAAUGUAUCCCAAAGCCUUCAUGUGGAGUGGUUUACCACCCCCCUAGAUCAUUCAACAAAAUUUUGUAAGGAAUGCACCCAAAGUGGCUUUAUAAAGAGAUUUGGUUUAGCAGGAAUAAUGAAGUCAUGAUGCUUAUUAACCAGUAUCUGUGAUAAAUCUGGGUGGUUCAAGGUUAAGCCAUUCUGAUAUUAAUUCUAUUACUAACAACUCUUUGAGCCCUUGCUACCCCCCUCUCACCCUACCACAUACACAGAACAGAGUUUGUGGGGUGCUAAUAAUACUUAAUGAAAUAGACAUGAUUUAAUUUCUUCUAGUCACACUUUAGAUUUUCUUCAAGAGGAUGAUGUGAUGAUAUUGCUCUUUUCACCUUUAUUUUAAAGAAUGCAAAACCAACAAAGGGCCUAUAAAGUGCUGGCCCUGCUUGGUACAUUAUUGGUAGAAAUGAAACAAAGUUGAUGUGACAGCCUUUUCUUUAUUAGCAUCACUCUUCACUAGAGGAUGCCUUUUAAAUUCAUUUCUCCUUGAAUUAAACAUAUCUUUAACUGUACAUCACAGUGGCUGGAGUCCAUGCCUUCUCAGCAUAUGUAAAACUUUCUUAGAAAUGAACAUACAAGUAGUUGUUUUAGCAAUUUUUGCUGAGAGAAAACUGAAAUUCUGUUAUAAAUCUUGAAUCUUUAAUGAAUUUCUAAAUAAUGCAUUGCUCUGGAAAAGAAGGCCUUCUCCUCCUUUGUUACUCAUUAACAUGAAUGUACAGGAUCAUGACUACUAUGACUGCGUUCUCAGCCCUGCUUUGUCUUUUCUUUGUGGAUCUAAUCUAAUAUUAGACCACAUUGAUUGCCUAAGGCAUUGAAGCCAUAUGGGAUGGGGGAUGAUGCAUUUCUUCAGUGUUUCUCCUGGAGAUGUUCCAUUUCCUUGGAGUCAUGGAGGCAAGUAUCACAGUAUUAAGAAAUUUGCCCAAAUCUGAGUUGUGCCUUUCUUUACUCAGAAGGUGUAUUUUUUUUUUUUUUUUUUUGUCCUGGUGAUCAGUUUGUAAGCCUUCUGCCCUCCCAGCUCCUUAAUAAAAGCAAAGUGAUUGAGUGGGUGAUGUUCAGAGUGUCUGCCUGUGUAAAUAUACUUGUACUGGCUAUGCAGUUCAGUAAGAUGAACUCAGUCUUAGAAGGAAAGACCCUUUGGUUUUGAUGUAUUUUGCUGAACACUUGGCUAGUGAUUGGGGUCCCAUCCAGUUGAGGAAUGCUUGCAAUCCUCAUUGCAGAGAAUUUGCUUUGGAACUUUGUCAUCCUUCAGAAGGGAAACAAUGUAUAUUUGGUCCAGUGUGAUUGAUUGGUUAAUCUUUGAUAAAUUUCACCUGAAUGGAUUUACUUAAUUAAUGAAUAUUGAUCUUAAAACGAACUAUGAGUUGACAGAUAAACAAAAGAUAGUGCUUAUUUAUGCCUGAGCCUAUUGGGUUUCUGAGCUAAUACCAGGUUACUAAGUAACCCCGACCAUUUCCAUUUAUACUCAGCAGUAAAUAGUCUUAUCUUCUUGUCGCCAGAAAUGCACGUGUGCCAGGUUUUACCCCUGCUGUAUUAAAGGCUUCUUGGCUAUGAAUGCUGUAAUGGUGCCCUAUGUUAUAGUUCUCUGGUGGAAUUGUUUUUAACAGUUGCAACUUUAUUGUUAUUACAAAAAAAUUCCACUGUGGUUGAUGUUCAGUGACUUUCUAUCUAGCAACGCUUUGAUAACUUUGGGUUUAUGAUUUGUUUUAAUUAAAGCAGAUUUUUUUGAGGCUAUUAGGGCCCUUGAUUAACAGCAACUGAACUUGAAUUUCUAGUUCAUGAAGAAAUAUCUCCCAAGACCCAUUUCCCCUAUUUUUAGCAAUAUAUAUUACUCUUGACUUUCAGAAUAUUAUCCUAGUUGGUUUUGACUAGGCAGAUUAUAUUAUGAAAUUUGAAAAUAGGCUACCAUUUUAAGGCAAUUGGAUUCAAAUUGUGUAAAUAUGUAUGAUUAUGACUUACAGAAAUGGCAUAACAUGAGUGUACUAGCUACAUUCUAUGGCCAUGCUACAGAUUUUCUGGAAGUAUGACCUAAUGGUAUUUUGUUAUGCUCAUAUUAAAAAUCAACUUUCCACCCCUCCAUUUUUUUGGAGUGACAUUCCCCGGCUCCAGAACAAUUCUUUCGCUAUUUAUAUGAGGUGCCCAACACUCAUUCAUCUCAAGUGCUUCAGUCUUUGGUUUAUUUCAUGCACUGUGCCUUCAAAAUGAAAUUUUUAAAAGGGACUUUAAAUGAAGUUGAAUAGUAGUUUAAAAAAGUCAAUCUGUGUAAUGUAUGUGAAAUUAACUGUAAUGAGGUCCUUUCUGUUUUUUAUAUGUAACAGAUCUACUAAUCCUGUAUAAAAAUUAUUUUACGA